UAAACACCACUGCAGACAAGAGCACUCGCCACUUGGCUUGACAACCCGGGACGAGCAUCUGAAGCCGGGGAUUAGCACACCCCGAGUCUCCGUCUGGCCCCUCUCAGAGCUGAGCCCCCCGCUCAAGGUCCUGUCCUCCCGGGGAGGAAAAUGCCGCAUCCACGGACACUGAUAUCAGAAAGUUGAAAUACAUGUGGUACAUCGCAAAAUGCAGUGUGGCAGAUUUGUGGCUUCUCUUCAAGGUCAGUAUCAGAGCACCGCCGCCUCACGGACGAGUUUCUUGGUCUGUCGGAGGGGAGAAAGAGGCGUAGAGGGGAUGCCGCCGUGUCUUGCUUGCCUCCAGCAUCAACAAUGACAUCUUUCACCGGCGACAUUGACAGCAACUGACACAGAAACGGAGAAACUUCUGAAACACCGCGGCACAAAACAAAGAGAGACGAAUGAAAUAGGUUGGACUCUCACGACAUUGCUGUCUGCCUGCGCUGCUGUAAGAAGAAACUCCUAACAUCAUCUUGGCGCUUCCUGUCCUCUUACAACGGCCUGUGUCGGUGCGACUGUUUACCUGGCUACGAGCAACAACACUGAAAGUCAAGCUAGCUAACGUUACCGGACAGGAUGGGUCACUGGUCCGGUUUAAUAUAGUUGAACCGACCGUUAAAGUCAUUCAGAAUGUUGUAGAACGAACUUGUUCCCAACUCAGUUUCUUUAACUUGCGUGGGACUUUUACCAACAAAUAUUCGUUGUUCGUUUUUAUUUUUAUUUUUAUUUUUUAAUUUUUCAACAAAAUGCCUUCGAGGACAGGUUCACACAGCCCGGCUGGCUUCGGGAAGAGUUUACCGGAGCGGGGACUGCUCCUGCUGAUGGUUUUGGUGCUUCUGCAGGGCUCCGUGCUUCCUCUCGGAGCUGCCAGCUCUCCGGAUAUUAGCCAUCAGGAAAAUUUGGGCAACAAUAAAGCGACGGACGAGGGACACAACUUCACUAAAAAGGCUUUCCCUGUGCUCGGCAUCGACUACCAUCACAUACAGACGCCCUUUGAAAUCUCAUUAUGGGUUCUCCUUGCCUCUUUAAUGAAAUUAGGGUUCCACCUGAUUCCUCGUCUGUCCGGCAUUGUGCCAGAAAGCUGCCUGUUGAUUGUGGUGGGCCUGCUGGUGGGGGGCCUCAUCAAACUAGCCGGAGAGAAAGUCCCACCGGUGCUGGACUCAAGAUUGUUCUUCCUCUGCCUGCUGCCCCCCAUCAUCCUGGAUGCUGGCUACUUCCUGCCCAUCCGUCCUUUCAUGGAAAACCUGGGCACGAUCCUAAUGUUUGCUGUUGUGGGGACUUUGUGGAAUGCCUUCUUCAUCGGGGGCCUGCUGUACGCUGUGUGUCAGAUCCAGCCAGCAAAUCCAUCGGAUCUCCACGGACUGGAACUCCUGCCUUGUCUGCUGUUUGGAGCCAUCAUCUCAGCCGUGGACCCUGUCGCUGUGCUCGCCGUGUUCGAGGAGAUCCACAUCAAUGAACUGCUGCACAUCCUGGUGUUUGGCGAAUCGCUGCUCAAUGACGCUGUUACUGUGGUGUUAUACCACCUUUUUGAGGAGUAUGCAGGCGUUGGCGCGGUGACGGUGAUGGAUGGGUUCCUCGGAGUUAUCUCCUUCCUGGUGGUUGCGUUGGGUGGCGUUCUGGUCGGAGCUAUCUAUGGUUUCCUGGCUGCCUUCACCUCUCGCUUCACGUCCCACACGCGUGUCAUCGAGCCACUUUUUGUGUUUGUGUACAGCUACAUGGCCUACCUGUCAGCUGAGAUGUUCCACCUCUCUGGCAUCAUGGCGUUAAUAGCAUGUGGAGCUGUGAUGCGCCCCUAUGUGGAGGCCAAUAUAUCCCACAAGUCCCACACCACCAUCAAGUACUUCCUUAAAAUGUGGAGCAGCGUCAGUGAGACACUAAUCUUCAUCUUUCUGGGCGUAGCUACAGUGGAUGGACCUCACUCCUGGAACUGGACCUUCGUCACUGUCACUGUCAUUCUGUGUCUGGUGGCACGUGUCAUAGGUGUGGUAGGCCUGACUUAUGUCAUCAACAAGUUCCGCAUUGUGAAGCUGACCACAAAGGACCAGUUCAUCGUGGCCUAUGGUGGCCUGCGAGGUGCCAUCGCCUUCUCCCUUGGCUUCCUGCUGAAGAAGGAACACUUCCCCAUGAGAGAGAUGUUCCUCACUGCCAUUAUCACUGUUAUCUUCUUCACAGUCUUUGUUCAGGGCAUGACCAUCAAACCCCUGGUGGAGUUGCUGGCAGUGAAGAAGAAACAGGAGGCCAAGCGCUCGAUUAAUGAGGAAAUCCACACCCAGUUCCUCGACCACCUGCUGACUGGAAUUGAGGACAUCUGUGGGCACUAUGGACACCACCAUUGGAAGGACAAACUGAACCGCUUCAACAAGAAGUAUGUGAAGAAGUGCCUGAUUGCAGGCGAACGUUCCAAGGAGCCACAGCUCAUCGCUUUCUAUCACAAGAUGGAGAUGAAACAGGCCAUUGAGCUGGUGGAGAGUGGAGGGGGAGUCAAGCUGCCUUCUGCUGUGCCUUCCACCGUUUCCAUGCAGAACAUUCAGCCCAAGAAGCCUCCUCCUCCUCCCAAGUCUGUAGAGAGAGCUCUGCCACAGCUGCCCAAAGGCCGAGAGGAGGAGAUAAGGAAGAUCCUCAGGAGUAACCUUCAGAGGACACGACAGAGGCUGCGCUCCUACAACAGGCACACUCUGGUGGCUGAUCCAUUUGAGGAUGGGUUUAGUGACCUACUUCUUAAGAAGCAAAAGAUGAUUGAGCUUGAGAAGAAGAUAAAAGAGAUGAAUAACUACCUGACAGUGCCUGCUGCUCCUCCUGACUCCCCAACCAUGUGUAGAGCCAGACUGGCCUCAGACCCCCAAGCCUACAGUGUGAAGCCAGUGUCUGAUAGCGUGCCGACCAUCCAGGUAGACCUGGCCUCUCCUCAGUCUCCAGACUCCGUCAAUGUGAUGGAUGAGUUCAGACGGGCCGGCCAGGAGGAGGAAGACCAGGGUCUGAUGAUGAAGCCCAGGGGGCCUGGUGGACCUAACAAGCCAGGCGAGGGAGAUGCAACCAGAGAUCAGCAGAAGUUGAUGAGGUGUCUGAGUGACCCCGGCCCCAGCGCGGACGAGGAUGAGGAUGAACCAUUCCUGCCUUAAUGUGGCAGACCGUAAAGGAGGGAUCAGGUUGCAUGCCCAUCUUCACUGGUUAGAGGGGAGAGGGGCUGCUUCACUGCUCUGCUCUAAGUGAUAUCUUUGGUUCAGAAACCAACCAAACAAGCCAAAACUGCUAAUGCUGUACAAACCAGAAACUAAAAGCAAAAGGAGAUUGUCUGAGAAGAAAAAAAAAGAGCCAUUAGUUUGUUAUUGUCAUUGCUCUUUAUUUUUUAUUUUUUUUAGACAGGAUUUCAACAGCAGUCGCUGCUAUCUGAGAGAUGGUGGAGUUUCUGAUCGAUAGUCUAAGACAUUCAGGAAAGAACUAUGCAUUACCAAAGGUCUGGACUGUAAGUGUCAGACAAUGUCGUUUUUACUUUAGUGUCAGUUUUUCUUUCUUAGUGAUUGCAUAGUUGUUGAUUUUGUUUUUGUUCGUGAUUUUACAACUUUUUUGUUUUUGAAGCUAAGCAAACAUUCUCUGAGACAAGAUGGUCCUCUAAUCCUGGUCCUCUAAUCCUAAAUGUAAUCAACAAAGUUAACUACUCCAGUUUUCACUUUCACAUAUAGCACUUGAGUUCUUUCAUUCUGUCACUUGAAAUUGCUGGAUGUCCAAACAUUUAGUGUAGCUAGUUAAAAAUGUUUUGCCUUAUUUCAUGUCAAAUAUUUUCACUUAGUGCAUUUUUAUCUUUUUUUUUUUUUUUUUAAGCAUUUUCAUUUCAGGGGUACUAACAUCUGUUUGUUGUCAGAGUUUUUCCAGUGUUUGUGGAAUGUAGGUUAAAGCUGGACGUAUUUAGUCACUGUGCAAACCACUGUGUUAAAGAACCACAGUUCUUUAUAGUCAUGCUUACAGACCUGCGGCCCUGUCCUGCAACUGUGGAUGGAAUUAAUGUGGACUUGAAAAAUUCCUCACGGUUGUAUAAAGUAGUUUUGACCUACAAAUGUGGAGCGAAGCUGAGUGUUUGGGAAGCUUGUGAGACAGACAGAGAUGCAGCACAGAUGUUUUGAUGUCAGCCAUCAUGCUUGAUUCCCCAUCCAAGUCUUCUCAAGUUAAAUCAUGUGUUGUCAUGUUUCUGUGUAGAUGUUAUAUCUCAGUUUAGGAGACCCUUUAAAACUCACUCUGUUAGGUGUGGAGUUAUUAGAGUAGAUUUCUCUCUUAAUGUUGAUGUUAUGAACAAGUGCCCAUCUAAAACUCGUCACCUUCACUCUCCUAUUUGAAACUUUUAGAUCACAGGAGCUGAUUUAUCAGAUCAGAUCCAAAUUGCUGAGUGCUCACUAACUUUCACAUGCCAUUUUGCAUUUUUCAGUUUUUUACUGGCUUUUACAAGAAGCACUUUUGUCCUACAUUACUCUAGAGCAUAUUACGGGACAUGGCAAGUGAAGGGUUAGUUUGUACAGGAGUCCAUCCACGCCUCCCAGCAUUCUUGAAAUCUAAGAUUGUUGGCGUGUCAUGGAAAAAAACAAAAAAAACAAACAAAAAAAAAAAAAACAAAACAUGUCAUUCUAUGCACUAUAAAUGUGUAAAAUAUGUAAAUUAAUUCUAAUGUCCUAUAUUUAUGAAUACCCUUUAAAACCGAAGUCUUAUAUCUUACAAACACGCAAAACACUGAGACAUACUAAUACUAAAGUCAAAGCUAAAUCAAAUAUGGGCAUUAAGACAAACUGUCAUAAAAAACAGUUCUAGGAUUUUUGCACAUCUGAGCAAGACUGAAAAGUUACCUGCAGGCACGAACACGUAGUCUAGUGUUUUGUUGAUAAUGUUAGUCAUUCUCUGCUGUAUGUAGUUGUACAGUAUGUAUGAUAGCUAGUGUAAAAUACCCUGCAUGUCAUUUUUACACAGCUGCUCAGUGCAUUGGAAUAUGACAUAAAUUUACAUUUAAGUUGUUGAUCGUGUAUGUCAAAGAAACAUGCCCCAUUUUUUUCCCUACAUUUAAAACAGCAAAGUGCCACAGCCAAUAACGCUUAGAUUUUAAACCCAUGAGUAUUCCUUUCACCCGCGUUUAUUAUCCCUUCAUGUCACUAUGAAAAGAGUGUAGUUUCUCCAUAGAGACAAACUUUGGCUUUGAAACACCAUCUAACUGAAGUAUCUUGAGUGAGUCACUGUUCCACUGUCCUGGCUGUUUUCUAAAUGUUAGUGACCAUUCAAUCCUUCCUGAUCCUCUUACAUCCAGAUGGCUCACAUUACAGAUGAGGGAAAAGAGCAGAAAAGCCUGACAGACUCCUUCAUCCUUCAUUUUCCUCUGUUCUUUUUUUUAAGCAUAUGAAAACAACAUGCUGUGGCAUUGUUUGUGCACACGUGCGCUCAUUUAAGUCUGGGUGUGCGUGUGUGUGUGUGUGUGUGUGUGUGUGUGUGUGUGUGUGUGUGUGUGUGUGUGUGUGU